GAGAAGAAAGGACAGCGACACGUUUGUCACUAGGGAUACAUACUAAAUAGUUUUCCUCGGGGGAACAAACUGUAAAGAUCCGCGCCAGCCAGUCAUGCCUUACAUUCUUAUCAGCACUCAGAUACGUCUGGAGACCGGACCUACGAUAGUGGGAGACGAAUAUUCUGAUCCAGAUGUAAUGAACUACCUUGGAGCUAGAAAGACGACUAUGCUGGGCAACAACUUCUCUGAGUACCACGUGGACGAUCCACCCCGGGUGGUCCUGAACAAGCUGGAGAUGAUUGGUUACCGGGUGGUGGGCAUGACCGGGAUGGGUCAGACGCUGGCAUGGUGCCUGCACAAGGUGACCAUGUGACUGGCACUCCCUCCCACUCUGCAUAAUGUGUGCCCCCAGCAACUGAUCCAGGAUCAGCUUGCCUAACCCUAAUCCAAACCCCUCCCAUUUUUUUUUUAAACCAAAGGUGAGAACUGAUGUAUUUAUCCUGUUGUUUCCCACCUAUUGUUAUUGUACAACCAGAAAGAAUGCCAGGUCUAUGAUACUGGAAAGCAGUGUUAAAUAAUACAGAUAACAUGUUGUGUAACAUCAACUAAUUCAUGCAUUCUUCAGAUGUAGUUUACAGUUAUGAGAUGCACAGCCUGCUUGUAGUUGAUCAGACUCUGGGUUGAGGCACAAUAUAAAGCAGCUGCAAAGACCAUCAAAUUCCACUCCAAUAAAAUAUUACAA